AUAUAUCUAGCGUUAGGCAUCGUCAAAAUACUUUGCUUAAAGGUUACACAACGAGUUAUGUAUGGCGAACACAUUGAUGAAGUAACUAGGAAGACAACACUUGACUAGCUCCUUCAUACAUAGCGGCAACAACUAUCCAGAGCCUUCAAUCAUAAAUCAAAACCUAAAUUCAUCUAAAAUGGGUCGAACAUUCUACGAAAACUGAUCACUCGAUCUGAGGACUGAGGAUAUGAAUGGCAGUUUUGAAAGAUGAGAGGAUGGUGUUUCGGCCUUUAGGGUACAGUCCCCUGUUGGUGCCAAGUUCACAUCAUUGUUUGUUUUUUGAGAAUUAAAUUGGCUUUCUGACUUAUCUAACCGUCCAAUUUGGUUCGCAUUGAAGGGUUCAUCGGUUUAUGCAUUAAAUAGUGCAGUGAAUGGAAGGCUGUGCCAAAUGCCAAUGCAUAUCUAUCAUUAUAUUCAUGCAUGCUGCUGAUAGAGACUUUUCGUUUCACUACUUAAUUAACUUUCCGCCAUAACUCUACACUGCAAUUAGAGAAUAUAAUAGUCCAACCUAGGCAACAGAGAAAAAUGUGCGUGCUUAAUAAUUUCCCAAUCCCAAUGUAUAAGCACGAAAUUAAACGCACCUGGCUAGCUUGCUAGCUAGCUAGUCAAACCUGCUUUGAUUAAUUUGCUUAAAUUUCCAAAAAACUGAAGGAAACACACCAAACCAGGGGCUUCAAUGUCGGCAAUAAAAAGUGCUGCAGAAAAAAGAAAAAAAAAUUAUAGUGCAGAAGACAGAAGUUGACUUUUGCAGUUGCAGCUGCAGCUUGCCUUCCACCAUAUUUAUUGCCUCCAUUUCCAUCGUUCCUCCCAAUAUCUACUACUCAAUAAAAACUCCACCAUUCCCUUCAAAGCAACUUAAUUACAGAGAAGAACUCGAAAAUGGCCACUACUCACUCAAAGCUCAUCAUCAUCGUCUUCCUGCUGCUCCUCAUCAGCACCAAUCCCCCCAUCUCCAUGGCUGCUGCUGCAGCUGAUCAUCUGGCAAACCCACAAAUGAGGAAGCUGCUGCUGCAGAUGGAUCUGGUGUUGGACUACGAGAAAGAUCCAGGAGCCAAUACGAAGCACUUGCCAGGUCCCAAGCCGCCCACCAAACCUGGAGUCGGUGGCUGAAACUUCAUUUUAUAGUGCACUCUCACAAAGUUUCAACCAGCUGUUUUAUGGUUUGAUUAAUAUAGAUGUACAAUACUACUACUGCUUCAGCAAUAAAAAUAAAAAGGACAGAAAUGUCUUCAGGUUUAAUUUGGAGUUUUGGAGAUUUCUUCUUCUUGUUGUUGUUGUUGUUCUUGUAUCAGUACAUUGAAAGACAUGAGAUUUCAGUUUAAAUUUCCAUAAAUGUGGGAGUCAGUUAUUAAAACAUUAGAAUGGAAAAGAUAGGGAAUAGUGUGCAUUUCCAGUUCUCCAUGAAUGUGAUAUUUUGAACACACAUCUUAAUUAUCACUUACCAAUAUUCAAAUUACUUUUGGGAAAGCCAAGCAGUUUUUAAAUUAAAUGAUGCAUAUCUUGGAUUUAAACCAUAUAAGAUGUUACAUAUAUUUCCUUAGCUUUUAUUCACAUAUGAAAAUAAGUUAUUGUAUUCUGACUCAUAAUUGCACAUUAUAUUUGACCUAAUUUGUGGCUAACACGAAAUUCGUAUUAAUAUGAAAUAUUAAAGAAUACUUCAUACUUGUGAGCUUUGAUUUAUUGGUUAUUUCUUAAUCCCUCUAUUUUCCUCUGGCAGUUGCUUUCCCUCAAAUAGAAAAUUGUUGAAGUAACCUUAACAACGACUAGUUAUGCAAUUAGAAUGUUAGUACAUAAUAACAAUAGUCAAUACUU